UCCUCCUUUCGCCAUUCCGGGGUGUCGCCGCACCACAGAGCGCACUGAGGGAGUCCUGCGAAGAGAGGCAGCCCAGUACGCUCCAGGCCUCUUCACACCUUCAUCCAGGCCACACGGUUCCCCAGCAUGCCCCAGAAGACAGGUAUCCGCUCAUUAUUUCCCCAGAGACCCGCCGCAGACCUCCCCAGCAGCCCCGUUUGAAAGAUUACGGCGACACCGAGGGAUGCUACUGCAGCAAACGCACCCCGCAACUGCAAACAUUCUCGACGUCUGCCCGAGGACCAGAUACAUUUGGUUGGCCCCUGACAGAAGCCCCCGAGGAUGUCCGACAGCGGUGCGAGCAUGAACUCCGACGAUCGGCCGGUUAAAACGGUCCCCUUCCCCCUGAGCCACAGGCUCUCCAUGAAGGAGGUGUUUGACUGUGAGGGGAAGCCCAGAGUAGACCUGCUAAAAGCCCACCUCACCAAGGAGGGUCGUCUGGAGGAGGUGGUGGCCCUACGUAUCAUCAAUGAGGGAGCCGCCAUCCUGCGCCAGGAGAGGACCAUGCUGGAUAUAGAGGCCCCAGUCACAGUGUGUGGAGACGUCCACGGUCAGUUCUUUGACCUGAUGAAGCUGUUUGAGGUGGGCGGCUCCCCCGCGACGACACGCUACCUCUUCCUAGGGGACUACGUGGACCGGGGCUACUUCAGUAUUGAGUGUGUGUUGUAUCUGUGGUCGUUGAAAAUCCUCUACCCAAAGACGUUAUUUCUUCUACGGGGAAACCAUGAAUGUAGACACUUGACAGAAUAUUUCACUUUCAAAACAGAAUGUAAGAUAAAGUACUCUGAGCAGGUGUAUGACUCGUGUAUGGAUGCGUUUGACUGCCUGCCGCUGGCUGCUCUGAUGAACCAGCAGUUCCUGUGUGUCCAUGGAGGGCUCUCACCAGAGAUCCACACGCUCGACGACAUCAAAAAGCUGGACAGGUUCAAGGAGCCUCCAGCGUUCGGACCCAUGUGUGACCUGCUGUGGGCCGACCCACUGGAGGACUUUGGCAACGAGAAGACACAAGAAUACUUCGGCCACAACACAGUCAGGGGCUGCUCCUACUUCUACAGUUACCCUGCGGUGUGUGAGUUUCUACAGACCAACAACUUAUUGUCUGUCAUCAGAGCACAUGAAGCGCAGGAUUCUGGGUACCGGAUGUACAGAAAGAGUCAGACGACAGGCUUCCCCUCCCUCAUCACCAUCUUCUCAGCACCUAACUACCUGGACGUCUACAACAACAAAGCGGCGGUUCUGAAGUAUGAGAACAACGUGAUGAACAUCCGCCAGUUCAACUGUUCCCCUCAUCCCUACUGGCUGCCCAACUUCAUGGAUGUCUUCACCUGGUCCCUGCCUUUCGUUGGAGAGAAAGUGACAGAGAUGCUGGUGAAUGUUCUCAGUAUCUGUUCAGAUGAUGAGCUCAUGGAGAAUGACGGAGAGGAAGAGGUCUAUGAUGCCAAUGCAGCGGCAGCUAGGAAAGAGGUGAUCAGGAACAAGAUCCGUGCCAUAGGGAAGAUGGCCAAAAUGUUCCAAGUUUUACGGGAGGAGAGUGAGAACGUACUGACCCUGAAGGGACUGACACCCACUGGCAUGCUGCCCAGCGGAGUUCUGUCUGGAGGCAAGCAGACUCUGCAGAGCGCUACCAUUGAGGCCAUUGAAGCCAUCGAUCCUGUUGAGGACUCAGAAGCGAUCCGAGGCUUCUCUCCUCAACAUAAGAUCAAUAGCUUUGCGGAGGCCAAGGGUCUGGACCGGAUCAACGAGCGCAUGCCCCCCCGCCGUGAUGCCGUCAACAGUGUGGGUGUCUCCAUGGGCCGCAUGAACAUGGGGGAGCCCAACGGCACCGACAACAACAGCAAUAUACAGUGAUGGACACACACACAUUUAUACAUAAACACUAAUACACACAUAUAUAAAGUACAUACCCACACAUACACACAUUUAUACAUAAACACUAAUACACACAUAUAUAAAGUACAUACCCACACAUACACACAUUUAUACAUAAACACUAAUACACACAUAUAUAAAGUACAUACCCACACAUACACACAUUUAUACAUAAACACUAAUACACACAGAUAUAAAGUACAUACCCACAAACAUACUUAGACAUGCACUUAAACAAGGAUCAUACAGAACACACAGUCAACAUAUAGACCUACACGUACACAGUAAUGGUACACACACCAUCCUCCUCCGCCUCCCCUGGCCUGUUGCUCCCCAGCCCUUCUCUCUACCCGUUUGACAAGACUGUGCCAUGGAUGGAUCAGACCUCCUAUCGGACAAACUGUACUGCAGGUUCCAUCACUCCCUGACCUGGUCACACACUACUACCGACCCCUGACCUGACCACCUGACCACACUACACUACGGAACACUCUACUGGACGUUCUGGAACACUCCAAUGCAAAACAAAGAGAUAAUGUUCUGUUCUAAUUGUGUAGUGGGGCUGACUGGGGGACAGAUGUUACCUUUCUGUUAUGUUGGGGACAGAGGGAG